GGUUCCAGAUUCCAGCUAUAAAUAGAGGAAGGAUAAAGGGACCCGAGCUGAAAGAACGACAGUCGCCAAGCUCGAAACGACAUCGAAAAUGGCAACUCUGAACUCUCAGCCUCUGAUCUGGGCCAUGCUAGGUCUCUUCAUGGUCUCCUUGACGCUGGGCUCCUCCGAUACACCCUUCAUCGUCGCCCAUAAGAAGGCUACCCUCAACAGACUCAAGUCUGGCGCCGAGCGAGUCGCCGUCUCCAUCGACAUCUACAACCAAGGAUCUCUGACCGCAUACGAUGUAAGUUUGACAGAUGAUAGCUGGCCUCAGGAUUUAUUUGACAUUGUCAGCGGUAACAUCUCCAAGUCAUGGGAAAAACUUGAUGCUGGCGGUAUUCUGUCCCACACUUUUGAAUUGGAGGCCAAAACCAAAGGUAUCUUCAACGGUGCACCUGCUCUCAUCACAUUCCGCAUUCCUACAAAGGCUGCUCUACAGGAGGCAUUUUCAACCCCAAUAUUGCCUUUGGACGUGCUUGCGGACAGGCCUCCUGAGAAGAAGUUUGAAUGGGUUAAGAGGCUGUUGAUGAAGUAUGGAUCCCUCAUUUCAGUGAUCUCUAUUGUGGUUCUGUUUAUCUACUUGGUGGCCAGCCCUUCCAAAUCGGGUGCUGGAAAGGGAAGCAAGAAGAAGCGCUAAUUACUCAACACACAAAUCUAAUGGUAUCCCAAUUGGGCGCCUCUUGAUGCAGUGAUAUGGCUUUCUAUGCCAUUUUAAUUUACACCUUUUGUUAGUGACCUAUGAUAGACUUAAUGAGAAUAGUUGUUAAUGUUAGAGACAUCCGGAAUCAUUGACAUGCUAUCAAUUUUGGUAGAUACAUUAUAUGUUUUGCCUCUGAUGUUAUAAGAGUUUUUAUUUUAUUCUUUUCGUUUGAA